CCGACUGCUCACGUCACCCGGGAAAUUCGAAAGUCGACACAGCUGCUCCACAACUCUCAUGGUUUACGUCUAUCGCAAGACACAUCGAUCAGAUUGAAUGAAAGAAGCCCUCCGGCGAAGCAGAAUCAGUCAAAUCAAAAUCGCCAUCCAUCUAACACAAGACGUUGCCCAAAGACUUCAAUAAAUUAACGUAGGAAGCACCAACUCGUGAAUCGUCGAAAGCAUCCCACGGACGUCAGCGAGUGGUGCACGGCACAGUAAGCUGCUCCGAGUCCAGGAAGAUGUCGAAACGUCGUCUUCCUCCUCUGCCACGGCCCGCCAAGCUCAGCUCGACCAUGUCGUCUCGUGCCAGUAACGCCAGCUCCGAGUCCCAGCAGCAAGGCCACGGCCGGUUGCUGGCAAGCUACAAGUGCUCCGUCCCCGUGCCAUUGUCGUAUCCGACGACAGCGGUGAUCCUGGAGGGUGGUCUUCAGGAGCCCGAGGUUAAAUUUACGGUGACGGCACAAUCCACCUCGAGCGCGAUCACUAGUUUCUACCUUAUGAGGGGACUCGGAUGGAACAAGGUUGCCUUUACUGCUGAAGUCAAAAACGACACGGUAGUUCUCAAAGAAGAUAGCGCCGUCCCUGGCAAUGAUCUGAUCUACACUACGCAUCCGAACUCUCCGCAAUUGAACUACUUCAACAGAGGCGGCUCCAAGAGAGUUUAUGUAAAAAUUUCUGUGUACGAGAAAGAGCUGCCUCGCCGCGCUGAAAAGUACUUCGAUCUGGGCUUCGACCUGGGCAAGCUGUUGAAACAAGAAGUCCUCAGCGAUGUUGUUCUACAGGUCCAGAGCGGCGACCGGGCUGACGGUGGCGUGGCGCGUGAGUUCCGCGCGCACAAGGCGGUGCUGUCUGCUCGCAGUUCCGUCUUCCAGUGCCUCUUCACGACCGACAUGGCCGAGUGCCGGACCGCCACGGUGCCCGUCAACUUCUCGGUCGAAGUCACCGAGCGCAUCCUCUGGUACGCUUACACUGGCCAAAUGGAGCACGAGGCCAGUGAACAGCGAGCUCCCUCGAUAACCGAGAAUAUGGAUGUGCUUGCCGCAGCUGACUUCUACGAUAUGCAACCUUUGAAAUCGUACUGCGAAGAACUACUCAUGGAGCAAAUUGCCAGCAAACCGGAAGAGGUGCUACAGACCAUCGUGCUGGCGGACAAGUACGGUGCUGCGAGGCUGAAGCGCGUCGCCUUGGACCUGGCCGCCUCCGACCCGAAGCAGAUCCAGCAGCACCCGGAGUGGCUUCAGUUUCUGCAGGACCACCGCUCCUUGGUCAACGAGCUGUUUGCCUCACUCGCCGAGAGAGUGACUGCUACCCCGCGAUGAUACCCGACCUCUGAGUCGAGAAGAUUGUUCUGGGAUACUCGCCUUGAUUGAUGCUCCCAUUUUCUGUUUAUUCUUUUUUUGCUAUGCGUGUAACACACUGCUCUUUGAAAUAAAUCUGUUCACAUGUGUUCUAUAA